AUGGCCUCUGGACUACUGCAGGAAUCUGCGACGGCCGGUCCACGCUUCCGGCCUUAUGCGAGCCCCAAUCACCAUGUCACCAAAAGCCGGUAUAUCACAAGCAACGAUUCCCGGGGGUACAUACCUGUUUAUGAAUAUCCAUUAAAUGGUCAGUGGAUCAUGAUGGACGCCGACGACGGCUACAUCCUCUGGACCGGCAUCUGGAAAGCCUUGGGGAACUCCAAAGCGGACAUCGUCAAAAUGAUAGAAUCCCAGCCCGACUUGGCUUCUGUUAUCCGUAGAGUGCGAGGCGGAUACCUCAAGAUACAGGGCACAUGGAUGCCAUACGAGGUCGCCCUACGUUUGUCUCGUCGCGUGGCAUGGCCGAUUCGUCACGAGCUCAUUCCGUUGUUUGGGUAA